UUUUUAAUUAAGAAAAUACCUGUACACAUGACACCCUUCCUCCUCAUAUCAUUGAAAACAGUAAUAUAAACCCAACCCUAACAUCUGCAACCUUCACAAGAUUCCCCAUUGCUGUCCAGAAACGACGACUUUCCUCCACCAUUCAACCCUCCGAUUAUCUAGGUUCUUGUUAGAGAGCUUUUGAUUUGAUUUAGUAGCUGAAAUUAAGAGUUUGCUGUGAUGGCUGGCCCAAGGAGUAGCUAUGGUAAGCGCCCCAGCUCUCGUUCGGACCAUGACAAUAGAGGAAGCAAAAGGAGGAAUACUGGUGAUGACAGGGAGCAGUUUGUGAUUGAUCCGGAAGACACUGUGUACCGUUAUUUGUGCCCUGGCCGUAAGAUUGGCAGUGUUAUUGGUAGGGGAGGUGAGAUUGUUAAGCAACUUAGGGCGGAAACUAAGUCGAAGAUUAGGAUUGGUGAGACUGUGCCGGGGAGCCAAGAGCGCGUUAUUACUAUCUACAGCUCCAGUGAUGAGGCGAAUGCUGUUGAGGAUGGUGGCAGUCAUGUAUGUCCUGCUCAGGAUGCUCUGCUUAAGAUUCAUGACAGAGUGGCUGCUGAAGACUUGGAUGAUCACGAUGAAGAAGGAGGUCCACAAGUGAAUGCUAAGCUGCUAGUACCAUCUGAUCAGAUAGGUUGUGUUAUUGGAAAAGGUGGGCAGAUUGUUCAGAGCAUACGCAGUGAAUCUGGGGCUCAUAUUCGUAUACUUAAGGACGAGCAUUUACCUCCAUGUGCCCUGAGCUCUGAUGAACUUGUGCAGAUUUCUGGAGAUGCUGCUGUUGUGAAGAAGGCUCUGAAUCAAAUUGCAUCUCGACUCCAUGAUAACCCGUCGCGAUCUCAGCAUCUGCUUACUUCCGCUGUUCCUGGUGUAUAUGCUGCUGGUGGUUCACUCAUGGCUCCUGCUGGAAGAGCUCCAAUUUUGGGGAUAGCUCCUCUUGUUGGUUCUUAUGGGGGCUAUAAAGGUGACACUGGUGACUGGUCGCGGUCCUUGUACUCAGCUCCAAGGGAUGAAAUGUCUUCAAAGGAAUUUUCAGUUCGAUUGGUUUGUCCAACUGGGAACAUUGGAGGUGUGAUAGGAAAAGGUGGUGUUAUAAUAAAUCAAAUUAGGCAGGAGUCAGGGGCAACAAUCAAAGUUGAUAGUUCAGCAACAGAAGGAGAUGAAUGCUUAAUAACCAUUUCAACAAAAGAGUUCUUUGAAGACUCUUUCUCUCCAACAAUAGAAGCAGCUGUGCGCUUGCAGCCUCGAUGCAGUGAAUCUACUGAAAGAGAUUCAGGAAUCAUCUCUUUCACUACCCGUCUGCUGGUGUCAACCUCACGAAUUGGUUGCCUUAUUGGUAAAGGAGGAUCUAUCAUAACUGAGAUGAGGAGGCUUACAAAAGCUAAUAUCCGCAUACUUCCAAAGGAAGAUCUUCCUAGAAUUGCAUCUGAAGAUGAUGAAAUGGUGCAGAUUUCAGGAGACCUUGAUGUCGCCAAGGAUGCUCUUGUGCAUGUACUUACACGUUUGAGAGCAAAUCUAUUUGAUAGGGAGGGUGCUGUCUCUGCAUUCCUUCCAGUUCUACCAUAUGUUCCUGUUCCAGCUGAUGGACCAGAUGUUCUAGACUAUGACAGUAGAGAUGGCAGAAGACAUGGGCGUGGACAUUCAUAUUCAAGUGGGUAUGGAGGCUCAAGUGAUUUAGCAGCUGGUGACACUUAUGGGAGCUAUGGAGGUCCACAGCUUGGUAGCAGCGGCGCUUAUGGAAGUUCCUCUUUGGGACGGAGCAAUCCUGCUUGGUUGUCUAGUCAGUAUGGUGGUUCUAGGAGGAGAAGCCAUGCUUAUUGAACUUGAUGGGUCUUCACAGAAGAGAUCUAUGAAGCCUGAAGCCUGUCCACUGCCUAAACUAGAAGACCAGAUGAACCAGGGUUUGACAAACUUAUGCCCGCCUUGACGCGUCUACUUAGAGGACCAAACUUUUUUGGGAGACUAUUGAGAUUGGCCAUGUCCAUCAUACCUUUAUUCCCAAGCUCGAUAACUUGUGAUCCCAAGAACCUAUAUUCUGUUUUCAUUUGUCUUUAGAACUAAAAACAACACCGUGUACCUAUGAUCAUCCGGCAGUUAUAUACUUGUAUCCCUGUUUCUGGGUCUUAUUUUCUCAUAA